CUGUGCUACAUUAAUGUUUUGUCUGAUGCAGUAUUGAUACGAAUAUUAUCAAUGAUACCGAUCCGAGAACGUGUUAGCCAUAUAUCCGUUCUUGAACGGAGGUUGCAUCGACUUGUUUUCAAGUCCAUCAAUUCUGUUUCAUUCUAUCGUGAUAAUCUCGAUGUGCUUUCUGAUGAUCGAUUAGAAUCAUUCAUUAGUCAAUACGGUUCACAGUUGCAUUAUGCCAACUUCGAUCUCUACCGUUCAGCUCUUAUGUCAUCUCAAUGGAAGUGGCGAUUAAGCAUCAAAAAUGUGACGAGUCUGUGUUGGAAUUUACGCUCGUUGGAUAUCCUCUUUUGCGAUCAUCAUAAACUCCGCGAUGCGGAUCUUAUUGAUAUAUUCAAAAGCUGCCCGCAUUUGGUGAAUCUUCGAAUCGAUGCUCAGUUCAUCAGAGGACAUUCUCUUCAGUAUGCACCAAGAGGCAUGCAACGGUUGGUGCUAGAGAUGUGUUACCGUCUCAGUCAAACGACUUUUCAUCACAUUACGAAUCGUCUUCAUAAACUCAGAUCGUUACAUCUCAGCCAGUUGCUUAUCCUUAGUGAUAAAAUUAUCGCUGAUAUAGUGAAAAAUCUAACCAAUUUAACGGAUCUCUCACUCGUAUCGCAUCCGGAAACUAUCUAUGAAGAAUUAACUGGUGCAGGACUUGGUACACUAGCCAGAUUACGUAAACUUCGUACUCUUUGCACUGAAGGUUUAGCUGCAGUUACGGAUCGUUUCUUGAUCCUCAUUUCUGAUGAAAAUUCAGCAGCUGCGAAAACGAUCACUUCCUUGUCACUUGCAUUUUGUUUCAAUCUAUCAAUACAUGGUCUGUAUCGAUUAGCGAAGAUGCCGAAAUUGUCUUGUCUAAAUUUGGAUGGCAUUACAAAGCGUGAUAUUGGACCAGGUGUUGAACGUAUUGCAGCAGGGCAGCGACUUGUCAAGCUCUUCUUGGCCGAAGGAACGAACGUUUCACCGGAUUCUUUGGUACGUAUAGUGCAAAGUUCACCGAUGUUGCGUACAUUGGAUAUCAGCAGUAACGAGGGCAUUCAUAAUUACAGUUUUGCGCAAGAAAUUAUAAAAUAUUGGGCGAAAAAUUUUGGUCGACAUUUGGUGAUAGACGGUAAACGAAGAGAAUGUUAUCGUCCACUCUAUAUAUUAACAGAUGAGCAUUUACCGUGGAAUAUUGUCGACAAGCCUGAAACAGACAAAUACGGACGAACGAUUGUUACAGUUGUUCAUAUAAGAAGAGAAUCGAUCCCUGAAGAGGAAAUAAUGCCAACGACGGUAUUAUCGAACGAAUCGCCGUUGUGUUUGCCAAACGGAGUAAUGGCGCCGCAACUUCGACGUGGUAAUCGCUAUCGUUUGAUGUGGAGUGCACUCGGUCCCACCAACGAGCCGCGUCUAUCCAUCUCGCCAACUCUCCAACUCGAUCUGUCGGCGUUUAUGCUAUCACCUCAAUCAGAUUACGACUCUUCGAAUCAUUCUCAGUUGAUCGCAAUGAUUCAAGAAUUACUCUCGAAUACGUCCAUCAGCAAUACCACUACCAGUAGUGUACGGAACGAUGAGAGUGUUCAUUUGAAAAAAGUUGAUGCGAUUGAAGACAAUUCGUUUGAUCAGUCAACAGCUCUGAAUCCUUCUCCAGCCUUAUCAACCUAUCAAUAUCGAACUUAUGGCAAUAUACUCCCUGAUAUUUCUUCAUCUAAAACACAAUUGUUAUCGAAUGAUGACAGUGAUUUAAGUUGUGAUGAUCACUUACUGACUCAGUCAAUACCAACUGAUUACCAGCAACUUAUGUUUGCAUUACAACAACAAGAAACCAGUAACGAUUCGUUUGCACAACUAUGGCCGGAUAUGUUAACAACAACAACGAUGCAACACAUUGAUAAAGAGAACAGACCUUUGCAGAAUGAAUCGAGUAAACUUUUGAUGUUACCAUCUGCUAAUUCGAAGCUGAAGGGUAUUGAAUGUGAUGAACGUGUUCUAGGGAAAUUAGGCAUUGCAUAG